AUGUCUCAAGUUGGCAAAAAAGAAAGAAGACUACCCUCAGAUAUUUGGAAUAAUCAUUUUACUAAAGACAAAGAAAUUUCAAAAGGUCAUUAUGAAGAAACUUGCAAUUAUUGUUUUUAUCAUCAAACUAAAGGCUCUUCUCAAGAUUUUAAAGAGCAUUUAGCUAAUAAUUGUUCUAAUGUUUCUAAUGAAAUCAA